AUGGCGACUGCAGACUCCAAAGAUGUAACUGAGACUCCACAAGCAGAAAUUUUCAGAACGGAAAUAAUCAACUACUUUGUGACCUGUCCUUUGUGUCUUGAGGAAUAUAAGGACCCAACAGAUUUACCAUAUUUAUGCCCCAAGGACUGGAAGAGGAUAGGUAACAAAUGUUUCUUCCUGUCCUCAUACCAAACCUCCUGUCUCCAGGCCAGCAAGAGAUGUACCGCCCUUCACUACAAGGCACGGCUCGCUACCGCCCGUAAUAAACACGAGUUUAAGACGCUCACCAAACAACUGGUCUUCCCGGCGACGCAACAUACGCGAUCGUACUUCAUCGGCCUAGAUGAUCUCGAUCACCCCUCAAGCUUCAAGUUCAGUGACGGAAGUCCACUGGGUGGCUAUAACGAGUGGAUUCCAGACCUCAGCAAUACGGAACGAACUGGGUGUGUGAUAUUGGAUCACGAGGAAUCGUUUAUGUGGCGCGGAGUCGACAAGACCAAACACGAGGACUAUUUCAUCUGUGAAAUAAACAAAGAAGCUGGACACGAACGCUAAGCCACCGUGCAGAAUAUUUAAAACUACAUAUGCAGAUACCUUUAUCCCCUUGACAUUAUUAAGUUUAUGUUCCGUUUGCGAAAAACAUAUACAAUAAUUAUAAGUAAAUAAAAAG